GGCUGUGCCUGCAGUAAGAGGGAGGGACAGAGGAUCUAUUUAAGGGGCAGUCAGCCAAGAAAACAGGCUCAACCUGACAGCUGCCUGAGAACAUAGCAGGAGCCGACAUGACACAAGAUACAGCCCUAGAUAUGAAGGAUGUGGAGCUGAACGAGAUUGACCCAGAGAAGCAACCUAUGGCCGCAGGGGCCGAGGACCCUCCAGUUGGAGGAGGCAAUGAAAAAAAUGGUGUUGUUAAAGUUAAGCUGGAGGAUGAAGAUGAUUACAGCAACAGGGCCCAGAAGUUUACUGGCCUGUCCAAAGACGAGCUUCUGAAAGUGGCCGGCACCCCAGGGUGGGUGAAAGUCCGCUGGGCUCUCCUGAUCCUGUUCUGGCUAGGCUGGUUGGGAAUGCUGGCUGGGGCAGUGGUUAUCAUUGUCCAAGCCCCUCGCUGCCGUCCUUUACCUGUAAUGGAGUGGUGGAACAAGGGACCACUUUAUCAGCUAGGAGAUCCCGAGACCUUCCAAGAUUCAAAUGCCGAUGGAGUUGGUGAUAUUGCUGGUAUACAAGAGCGACUGGAUUCCCUCAGCACCCUUAAGGUGAAAGGCCUGGUGAUUGGACCCCUGCAUAUUACUUCCGCAGACAAUUUUGUAGAUACUGAUCUCAAAGUAAUUGACCUGAAAUAUGGUACACUGGAAGACUUUAAAAAGUUGCUGGAUGCAGCUCGUAAAAAGAGUAUGCAGAUCGUUUUGGAUCUCACUCCAAAUUACCUCGGUAGCGGUGCUUGGUUUAAUUACAGUGUGAAUGACCCAGAUAUAUUGGAUGGAAUAAAGGAGGCCAUGAACUUCUGGCUUGAUGUUGGUGUUGGAGGAAUUUAUUUCCGUGGAAUUGAGAACAUAGACAAUCCAGGUGAGAUUCUUGAAGAUCUGAGGAACAUCACUGCCAACCACAGCUCAGAUGGCAACGCAAGGGUGCUUCUUGCCUCAGCUACUGACCCUCACAGUGACAAAGUUCUAACAAUCCUUAAUGACACUGCCACAGGCAUGUUAACUGCACGUUACCUGAUCCACAAGGAUAACUCGAGUGACGGCUCUCUAGGAGAACGCAUCAAGCAGUACCAACAGGUUUCCAGUGACCAGGACAGGAUCUUCUGGGCGGUCAGACCACAGUUGGGACACAUGGCCUCUGCGGUUCAAGAGAAGCUGCUGCGUGUUUAUCAGCUGCUGCUUUUCACUCUUCAGGGCACACCUUUUACUUUGUAUGGGGAUGAAAUCGGGCUCAAAGACUUGCCUGGAAAACCUGCAUCCAGCUCUCCUUACAUGCAGUGGGAUGACAGCAAAAACCAUGGAUUUUCUAAAGGAUCACCAGAAAGGCACUAUAAUGGCAAUGAGAACAUCACAUUUAAGGCACAAGAGGACGACAAGGAUUCAAUACUCAAUGUGUACAAACGUUUGAGUGAGCUGCGUGGAAAAGAGCGAUCACUUCUGCAUGGAGAUUUCACACUACAUCUUCAGAAUGACAAAUCACUAGCAUAUGAGCGCAGUUGGGACCAGAAUGAAAGAUUUGUGUCCGUAUUAAACUUUGACCCAGAUGAGGAGACAACUGUAACAAUAGCACGCGAAAACCUGCCAGAACAGUGUACGGUAGUGCUGAGCUCAAACUCAGAGAGGAAGGAGGGUAGCAGUAUCUCUCUAAAGAACCUGAAGCUAGUGCCAGGCGAAGCUUUACUGCUUAAAUACCCCUACAGCGCUUAAAAAAAACCCUCCUGGAAAAAGUAGUAACUUUCACAUUCCAUAUUCUGACCCUAUUAUUCCACAUCAAGAGGCUCACAGUGUAAGGAAAUGGCUGCACGUGCGAUUUUUG